AUGACGACCUCGUUCCCCAGCUUCCCGGACCUCCCCCCAGAAUUGCGCAACAAGGUUUGGCGAGAGGCGCUGCCCACCGACGUUGGGCCGUCCCUCUACUUCUACAGGGAGAAGCGCUAUUGGCGCUCCCGCAGAUUGAAAGAGUCUGAUCCUCAAUUUAUCAAGGGUGUUGGCGAAAUGGCCUUGGAUUUUCGAACGGAUUUGUUAGGUGGUGAUAAAGAAUUCCAUGUGCCGCUUGCUUUCGUCAAUCAGGAGGCACGCGGUAUCGCGUUGUGCUGGCUUGACGAGCAGGGUAUCACGAUUAAGCAGUCGCAGCCUAGGCGAUGCCUCUUCAAACGUCCGUUCGACUGUGCAUCCGAUACGCUGUACGUCCCUGACAACAAAUGGGACGACUUUUAUGAGGAGCCCAGUGACCGAAUAGGCGAGCCCGAUCUUGUGAAUCAAAGUGUCGACGUCAAUGGAGAGAUCAGUAGGAUCGCCAUUUCCGAAACGCUUUAUAUGAAGGACGACGUUAUUAGGUGGCUGCCUGGCUUGAACUCGUGGUGGGAUGUGACAGUCAUCUUCGUCGUGGUCGGCGCACAGCCAGACCCCCAGCAAGGAUCAUGUCGCUGGGAGCUAGAGGGGACUGACGGAAGGGCAAUUGUCUGCUAUACUAUUACAAAGUUAAUCACAAUGCACGCAUUCAAGAGCGCCAUUUUCUUCAUCUUCGCUUUGCUUUCUGCCUGCGCCUUUGCCACAUUCAAUGGAAAGUUCAACAUUGUCAACUACUACGAGUACAAGAAGGCGGGCAGCAACACAACCGAGCUGCAGCGCAACACUGCCUUGUUUCCGCGCAAGCUCAAGAGCGAGAAGACGCUCCAUCUCAUCGUCAAGAACCUGAAUUCGUGGACCGGUGGCGAGUUCACUAUCUCUGAGCAGAAGCACUUCUACGAGGCCAAGGCUACCAGAAACUACAAGAAUAGGGGCGAUGCCGCUGAUUCCGUCCAAAGGUGCAAGUCUGCCAUAAGCAAACACGCCAACGACGAGUAG